UAAUUCUCAGAUAGUCACAUGCCUAAGAAACACAGAGAAGAUAAUACAGGGAAGGAGCCAUACCACCGUUCUGAAUGUGUUAAGAACUUUUCAAAACACAGCCAAACCACAACUCCCAUUGUAGAGAAACCAUAUUUGUCUAAAAGUGGCAAACGAUUCCCACAAGUGAGCCACCGUCAGAAACACAUGAUUGGUCACAGAGGACAGGGUUUAUGUCGUUGUCCAUCUUGUGGUAAACAUUUCUUUAACAGGAGCAGUCUUUACAGACACAAAAAAAUUCACACUGGAGAGAAUCCAUAUUGUUGUUCUGAAUGUGGCAAACGGUUCUCACAAUCAAUUCAUCUUCAGACACAUAUGAGAGUGCACACAGGAGAACAGCCAUUUUCCUGUUCUAAAUGUGGCAAACGAUUUUCAAGUAGCAGUAAUCAUAUGAGGCAUUUAAGAGGUCACACUGGUGAGAAGCCCUAUUGCUGUCCUGAAUGUGGCAAAAGAUUUUCCAACACAAGCAAUUUUCUGUGUCAUGCAGGAGUCCACAAUAAAGACCAUCCUUAAGCCUGUUCUGAAUGUGGCAAGAAAUUCUCACAAAAAGGCAGUCUUCAUAUACAUAUAAGAACACACAUUUGAUAGAGGCCAUACUCGUUUCCUGAUUGUGACAAGCUAUUCACCGAUAACAGCAGCCUUCAUAGACACAACAGAAUUAAUUCUGGAUUAAGGGCGUAUUGUUGCUCUGAAUGUAGCAAGCGAUUCAUACAACCCUGCAGUCUUCAGCGACACAUAAGAACUCACAGAGGAGAAAAGCCAUACCGUUGCUCUAAGUGUGGAAAAACAUUCAUACAGAAAUCUCCUCUUCAGGGACACAUGAAAAUUCAUGCUAAAAAGGCAAAGUCCAAAGAGACUGUAAAUAACAAAAAGAAAAAUCUGAAAUAAUUCAGUCAGGUGUGGAAAGAAAAUUGGAAUUGCUCUGCUAGUUGGUUACACAGAAUGCAUUUGACAAAAAGUUGCAGACUCAUUUAGGCAACCCUGCUUAUUAAUUUACUGUAAGUGGCUUUUGCACUAAUGACUAUUGCACAUUGUACACAGGUCUACUUUACAAUUUUUAAUGUUAUUUAUAUUAUGUUAUACUUCUAUACUUUUUAAUAUUUUAUUGUACUACGAAGUUGAGAGAGAAACAGUAUUUUGAUUCUCCUAUAUGUUCUGCACAUAUAGUGAAUUGACAAUAAAAGGCUAUUUGAUUUGA